AUGCAUAUCCACAAGCUGCGGAAGAAGGCGAAGAAGAAGAAGGAGGGCAAGUACCUGACGAAGAAAAGCAUACUGAAGAAGCUGUUCCUGAAGGAGAGGGAGUUCCGGAAGCUCUGCAUCUUCAAGGGGAUAUACCCAAAGGACUUUAAGGAAAUCCCCCUGAAAUUACGAAGCAAGUUUUACAAGCAAAAAGUAUACUACUCAAAAAAUGACUUCCAAAAAUUGGCCCAUGAAAAAAUUAUUCAGGACUUCAGAAAAAUCACCACCUGUUUAAGAAAGUAUAAAAAAUAUAAAGUAGCAUUGGAGGAUGAAGAGAGAUGUAAAAAUUUAAUAAAAAAUUUCCCCAAAUAUACAUUAGACCAUAUAAUUAAGGAAAGGUUCCCCAUCUUUUCUUAUGCAAUAGAAGAACUUGACGAUGCUCUAAGUGCAGUUGUGGCCUAUUCGUUGCUUCCUUCAAAUGAGAAGUUGGGAAUUUUAAAUCGAUUUGUUACAAACUGUGAAAAGAUAAAAAAUCACUUUCAUUAUUAUGUGUACAAAACGAAUAGGAUCAAAAAGGGGUUCAUAAGUGUAAAGGGAUAUUACCUACAGGCAGAAAUUUUGCAGAAGAAAGUUACCUGGCUCAUUCCCCAUACAUUUACUCCCUAUUUAGAUAAGUCCAUAGACUUCUCCCUCAUCACCACUUUUAUAGAGUACUACAUUUGCCUGCUCAAAUUUGUCCUCUUCAAACUUUACAAGAUGCACAAUAUGGCUUACCCCCCCGAGCAGGGCGAGCUCCUGAAAAGUGAAAAGCUCAGCCACCUUUCGUACGACGAGGGGUUGAUUGCGCUCUGCAGGGAGAAGUUCCCGGGGGAGACCACCCAAGUGGAUAGCGGCCUUAGCUCAGAUGGCCACCUGUUGGUGCAGUCUCCACAGGAGGGUGCCCCCCCAGCAGGGGAACCAAGCCAAAGUGAGGAGCACCGCGAGGAAGUGAAACCCAGCGGCCUCCCCAAAAAAGAAAGCGAAGAUGAAGAAAUAAAACACAACAUAGACGAACAGAAUGACACCCUGAAGGACCUGUUCAAAAAUCAAGUCUAUUACAUCCACACAGAUAUGCCCCUCGACAUACUCUCCCUCAUUAUCCUGUCCUGUGGAGGUGCCAUAGGAUGGAAUUCCCCCUACUCUCCCUAUCAGCUGGGUGAUCAAAAAAUCACGCACGAAAUUUUAGAACCCUAUGGAGAAGCCCCACAAAAGGGGCACCAAAAAAUGGAAAACAUGUAUGUACAACCGCAAUACAUAUUUGACUGCCUUAAUAGAAAAAAAAUACUCCCAUGUAGUGACUACUCUGUCGAUGUGAAAAACCUUCCUGUGCACCUCUCCCCAUUCAUUGAGGAUGACAACUUUAAAAAUUUCGUGAAAAGGGAGGAAUACGCGAUUAACAAGCUGUUGAAUGAAGAGGCGGAGAGAAAUGGCCUCAACAGAGACGCACAGGAGACGACAACACAUGAACAUGGUCAGGCAAAUAAAGACGAUGAAUUGCUAAAAUCAGACGAUGAGGUCAGUAAGGAAAAACUGCAACUACUUAGAAAUGCUUGCCUAAAUAACCAGAUGGAGUUGGAAGAUGAGGACAAUUACGUUCCAGUGGAGGAGACCUCCACGAAGGAUACGCAGAAGGCCAAGGAGGUGCAGUCAGCCAAAACGAGGGAAAACAUACAGAGACAUAAAAUCCUCCUCAGUAAGAAGAAGCGAAAGUUGUACACAAGAAUUGAAAAUGCCGAAAGGAAACAAAAAAUGACCAUCGAUAAGUUUAUUAACAAAACAAGGGAGAAGAAGCUAGCUGGGGGUGCCAAAAAAAAAAAAAAAAAUUGAAGCGAGAUAGCGAGAGGGGGCUACAUAAUGAAUGGGGGAGAUUGGCCCACGUAGCCUCCCCACAGUUGGUCAGUAGCAGCUCCGCUUCGCUGCUCCCUGCAGUGGGAAGUCAUCCCGAGGGUAUGCCUACCGUUGGGGAUGUGCCCAUCAGUUGGGUGCGGAGGAACGACGUGCGAAGAGCGGCGCCGAUUUAAGGAGGAAAAAGAAGCCUCCAGUUACAGAAGACGUACAUAUUUGCAUGCACGUACUUGUGGGCCCCCUUUUGAAU